AUGGCUCUCCACAAGUACGACUACCUCUUCGCCAUUGGCACCAUCUUCGCCUUCCUUGACGCCUGGAACAUUGGUGCCAACGAUGUCGCCAAUUCGUGGGCCUCGUCCGUCUCUUCGCGGUCCCUGACCUACAUCCAGGCCAUGUGCGGCGCCGCCGUCCUCGAGUUUGUCGGUGCCGUCGGUGUUGGUGGCCGCGUCGCCGACACCAUCCGCACCAAGGUCGUCGACAUUGGCGCCUUUGAGCAGGCGCCCGCGCUCCUCAUGCUCGGCAUGGUCUGCGCCGUCAUCGCCUCGUCCCUCUACCUCACCAUGGCCACGCGCAUCGGCAUGCCCGUGUCCACCACCCACUCCAUCCUCGGCGGUGUCCUCGGCAUGGGCUUUGGUGCCCUUGGUCCCUCUGGCAUCGUCUGGGUUGGCUACGAAGACGACGGCUCGGUCGACAUCAAGGCCGGUGUCAUCCAGGUCUUCCUCGCCUGGAUCAUCGCCCCCGUCCUGGCGGGUACUGCCGGCGCCAUCAUCUUCUCCAUCACAAAGUACGGCAUCAUGCUGCGCAGCAACCCCACCAUGAAGGGUCUCAUCACCAUCCCCCUGUACUUCUGGCUCGCCGGCUCCCUCAUCACCAUGUUGCUGCUUUGGAAGGGCGGUGACUACGAGGUGCAGCUGACCGGUGCCCAGAUCCCCGGUGUCAUCGUCGCCGCCGGUGCUGCUUUCGGUAUGACCGUCGGCUUCUUCCUUAUCCCUUACUUCUACCGCGUCGUCAUCAAGGAGGACUGGCAGAUCAAGUGGUACGAGUUUGUCAAGGGUCCCAUGCUGCUCCGCCGUGGUGAGAUCCCUCCCGCUCCCGCCGACUACAGGGGCGUUGUCCGCGACUUCUACGAGGGCCACCUCGACCGCGAGGAGCUCGAGGCCGAGCGCGCUCGCCAGGCCGCCGUGGUCAACACCGAGCAUGACGUCGAGGCCCAGCACGAGAAGAAGACGGUUGUCGACCACGCCACCAGCGACACGAGCCUCAACAACGACGCGCCCGCCCAUGCUCGCGCCCCCGCCACCGAGGCCAACGACGACGUCCCCGAGAUGAACAUGUACGGCAGCCACAUUCGCAAGAACGGCAUCAUCGGCCCCAGGCCCGCCGGUUCCAUCCUCAAGCCCGGCGUCCUGUUCUGGUGGUUCAAGUGGGUGGUGUUCCGCGGUGUCGACAUUGAUAUCCACGAGCAGCAGGCCAAGAAGGGUGCCCUGACGGGUGACCUCGCCGAGAUCCACGCCCGUGGUGACCACUUUGACAACAAGACCGAGUACCUCUACACGUUCCUGCAGGUCCUCACCGCCGCCUCGGCUUCCUUUGUCCACGGUGCCAACGAUGUCGCCAAUGCCAUCGGCCCCUACGCCACCAUCUUCCAGGUCUGGAACACCGGUGAGAUCACGGGCGCCAAAUCCGCCGUGCCCGUCUGGAUCCUGGCGUUUGGCGGUAUCGGCAUUGCGAUUGGUGCCUGGACCUAUGGUUACCGCAUCAUGAGCAACCUUGGCAACAAGAUCACCCUCAUGUCCCCCUCGCGCGGUUUCUCCAUGGAGCUCGGCUCCGUCAUUGCCGUCGUCGUCGCCACCCGUCUCGAACUCCCCGUCUCCACCACCCAGUGCAUCACUGGUGCCAUUGUCGGUGUCGGUCUCUGCAACGGAGACUGGCGCGCUAUCAACUGGCGCAUGGUCGCCUGGAUCUACACCGGUUGGAUCAUCACCGUGCCCGUCGCGGCCACCAUCUCUGGCUGCCUCAUGGGCGCCAUCACCUACGCGCCCAACUGGUCCUAG